AUGAUCGUCAAACUCACCCAACCAUACAGCUUCCUGGAUGAUUACAGCGAGGGUGCUCAUCCACGCCUACUGCAGUCCCUCCUCCUCACCAACGCCACACAACAAACCGGCUACGGCACAGAUGAAUACACACACGAAGCUCGUCAAUUAAUUUACUCUCAAAUACAAGCCACCGACGAUGAGGUCGCCAUCCACUUUGUCCCCAGCGGAACUGCCGCGAAUCUCAUUUCCAUUGCCAGCUGCCUGCGGCCCUAUGAAGCCGUUCUCGCCGUAGAAACCGGGCACAUUCUGGACAAGGAAGCCGGAGCCAUCGAAGCCACCGGCCACAAAGUCAUCCCCGUCCCCGGGGUACGGGGAAAAAUGACCCCCGAGAAUCUAGAGCGGGUGUUGGAUCGCAAUACCUUCUUCCCGCACAUGGCCAAGCCGCGGCUGGUGUACAUCUCCAAUGCGACGGAGGUGGGCACGAUCUACACGCGGAGUGAGCUGCGGCGGCUGUCGGAAACGUGUCGACGGCGGGAUUUACUGCUGCAUGUGGACGGAGCGCGAUUGGGGGUGGCGCUGAGCGCCGAGUUGAAUGAUCUCACCCUGCGCGAUAUGGUCGAUUACACGGAUAUCUUCUGGAUUGGCGGCACAAAGAUGGGCGCCUUGCUGGGCGAGGCGGUCGUGGUGCGCAGGAGUCUCGCUGAGGGGUUUGAAUUUAAUAUCAAGCAGCGCGGUGCCUUGCUGGGCAAGUCCCGCGUUAUGGGGGUGCAGUUUGCCGAGUUGUUUCGGGAUGGGUUGUAUUUUGAGCUGGCCAGACAUGCGAAUGCCAUGGCACGGCGCAUUUCGGCGCAGUUCGAACGCAUGGGAUGGGAGCUGGCGGCUGAGACGGAAACCAACCAGGUGUUUGUCGUGGUACCGGAUGCUAUGCUGCAUCGGCUGGCGGAGCGCAUCCGAUUCUACGAGUGGGAUAAGCGUGAAACUGGCACGGUGAUUCGCAUUGUGACAGCCUGGGCUACGGAUGAAAUGGCGGUGGAUAAACUUUGCCAAUGGCUGGAAGCCAUCCAUCAGGCAUGA